GGAGCCAGAGCCACUUAGUGUUCACUGGGGAUGAAACGGUUUGACAGACACUGAACGAGGAGCACGCCAAGCCCAGGUCAGACAGCUGGAAAAUUGAGGAAAAACGAGAAAGACGGAUUGAAAGAAGCGAGGUGUGUUAGAGAGGGGGAAUUAUAGAGUCCAUCAAAAUAGGAACAUGUAGUUCCCAGAGCUCUUCCGCUGUCAGCUAAUAUUGUACAGACCGAGCUUAACUAAUGAAGGGAAAAUGUUGAACUGAUGUGACGGGUAAGAGACCGGAUGAACAUCUCUGACAUUUUAGACACAAGACAAUUUGUUUGACCUAUUCCUUUUCAGACACACAGAGGGAAACAGAAGACGAGAGUAAAGAAGAUGAGAUAAAACACGUGAGGUGUUUUGAUAGCUUACCACUGUGCCAAAUGCAAACACUACUGGCUUGGCUAUCCUUACUCCUGACUUGUAGAAAGUUGCUAUUUCAGCCCGAAGGAGGUAGAGAAAGAGUGAAACUGGCAAGAGGAAGACUACAACCAGGAGCACCACCAAAAACUGGACAGAUGAGAAAAGAGGGGGAGCUCCAGUCGGGUCUCUGGACAGUGAAAAGAGAGGCAGAGGGAAAUUAAAACAGCAAGUCUGAAGACGAGAACUUGACUGGGAAGUGGAAGAAAAACUUCAGCGGGACGAUUUCAGUUCAGGACUGCAACAAAGAACGGUGAGGACUUCACAAACGUGAAUUAAUCCCAAAUGACUGCCUUUUUUGUAUAGUUUGAACAAAAUGGAAAACUCCUUAGAUCCCAGCUCCAGUGACGUCUGCCAGAGCCUCACAACCUAAACUCUCUGGGAGGAGAUCGAUCCAGCGGAGAUUGUGACUGCUCUACAUAAACGUGUUAACCAUUGCUGUUGGAACCUGCAUCCAUGUGAUUUAGAUGCAUUUACAUUGUGCUUGCCAAUCUGAACUCUAAGCAAGGUUUAACCAAUGGGACCAGAGGUAGGUGAAGCUCGUGUAGUCUGAGAAGAGCCAUCACCACCUUCAAAAACAGAGACGUCCAGACUCGCAGCAAAGACAAGACUGUGACAUCUCCAUAUCUCCUGCCUGAGGCUUAACUGCAGGCGUCUUUUGCCACACUAGUCUAGGUCUAAAGAAGAGGAAACUCAGCUGCUGUGACACUCAACUAUUCGGACAGUCAAACCUAUUUUUGUGGACAUUUUCAUUCAAAGGCAGAACAGCUUCAAGAUAUAUUCAAAAGCAAACUGUGGAGAGACCAAAUAAAACAAUUAGCAGCACUUUUUUUUGACCUCAGAGGGACGAUGCUGAGAGGCCUGUUUGAGAGGAAACUUAAACAUGAGAGGCUGGAGGAGGAACCGGAAGUCAGAUACAAAGGCCUGCUGGUGUCCGAGAGAGACCUGGGAUAUACGUUUAUCCGACCUGGAGGCUCCGACUACUCGCCUCCUCCCCCUCUUCCUCGCCCUCCUCCCGCUGGCCUGUCGAAUGAGCACAGAGGAGGCAGUAGCCAUGGUGACCACAGUGGAGGAGGGGGAGGGGUUAACCAUGGGGUGGGCAUGGUUGGCCUCGCCCCGGAGCACAUUCCCACGCCGGGAGCAGCCCUGAGCUGGCAGGCGGCCAUUGAUGCUGCGCGGCAGGCAAAGAUGAUGGGUAACGCUGUGUCAGGUGGAGGGGCGGGACUUGGAGUGGGAGGGGGCGGGCCCAUUUCCACAGCCAGUUCUACGCAAAGAAAGAGACAGCACUAUACUACUAAACCCAAGAAACAGACCACAACGACAGCCACGAGGCCGCCGCGGGCCCUACUCUGUCUCACACUCAAGAACCCCAUCCGCCGGGCCUGCAUCAGCAUCGUAGAAUGGAAACCAUUUGAGAUCAUCAUCCUGAUGACCAUCUUUGCUAACUGUGUGGCCUUAGCUGUCUACAUCCCCUUCCCCGAGGAUGAUUCCAAUGCCACAAACUCCAACCUGGAGCGUGUGGAGUAUCUGUUCCUAAUCAUUUUUACAGUGGAGGCGUUCCUCAAAGUAAUAGCUUAUGGCCUGCUCUUCCACCCCAACGCCUACCUGAGGAAUGGCUGGAAUCUGCUCGACUUCAUCAUCGUUGUUGUAGGGUUAUUCAGUGCGAUUUUGGAGCAGGCCACAAAAGGAGACGGGGCCACUCCUAUUGGAGGGAAGGCAGCAGGCUUCGAUGUCAAGGCUUUGAGGGCCUUCAGAGUACUCCGACCCCUCAGGCUGGUCUCUGGAGUACCCAGUUUACAGGUAGUGUUGAACUCCAUAAUAAAAGCCAUGGUUCCCCUGCUCCACAUUGCCCUCCUGGUUCUCUUCGUCAUCAUCAUCUAUGCCAUCAUUGGCCUGGAACUCUUCAUGGGCAAGAUGCACAAAACCUGCGUUCACAACCAAACAGACCUCACUGCGGAGGAGAAGCCAGCGCCGUGUGCGCCCGAUGGAGCGUACGGUCGGCACUGUAUGCAGAACGCAACAAAGUGCAAAGCAGGAUGGGAAGGCCCGAAUGACGGCAUCACCAACUUUGACAACUUUGCUUUUGCCAUGCUGACGGUGUUCCAGUGCAUAACCAUGGAGGGCUGGACGGACGUGCUGUACUGGAUGCAGGAUGCUAUGGGUUAUGAGCUGCCGUGGGUCUAUUUUGUCUCUCUCGUCAUCUUCGGCUCUUUUUUUGUUCUCAACCUCGUUCUGGGUGUGUUGAGCGGAGAGUUUUCCAAGGAAAGAGAGAAAGCCAAGGCACGUGGUGACUUCCAGAAACUUAGAGAAAAACAGCAGCUGGAGGAAGACUUAAAGGGCUAUUUAGACUGGAUCACUCAGGCUGAAGACAUCGACCCAGAGAAUGAAGAGGAGGGCUUAGACGAUGACAAACCCAGAAACCGUAAAGCCCGUCAUUUUCUGUCUCUCCGUGGAGCCGUGAAGAAAAAUGCGGCUUUUCUUCGUAAGGCGUUGAGCAUGCCAGCCAGUGAGAAUGAAUCAGUCAACACGGAUAACGCCCCGGGGGGAGACGUGGAGGGGGAGACUUGCUGUACCAGACUAGCAAUUAGGAUCUCCAAAUCCAAGUUCAGUCGCUAUUCUCGGAGAUGGAACCGGUUGUGUAGAAGGAAGUGUCGUGCAGCAGUCAAGUCCCAGGUUUUCUAUUGGUUGGUCAUCUUCCUGGUUUUCCUCAACACUCUGACCAUCGCUUCUGAACAUCACCAGCAGCCUCAGUGGCUUACUGAUGUGCAAGACAUCGCCAAUAAAGUUUUACUGGCUCUCUUCACUGGAGAGAUGCUGCUGAAGAUGUACAGUCUGGGUCUGCAGGCGUACUUUGUGUCUCUCUUCAAUCGGUUCGAUAGUUUCGUUGUAUGUGGGGGGAUCCUGGAGACGAUUCUAGUUGAAACAAAGAUCAUGUCUCCUCUCGGCAUCUCUGUGUUACGUUGUGUGCGCUUGCUCAGAAUCUUCAAAAUAACCAGAUAUUGGAACUCUCUUUCCAACCUCGUGGCAUCGCUGCUCAACUCAGUUCGCUCCAUCGCUUCCCUGCUGCUCCUGCUCUUCCUCUUCAUCAUCAUCUUCUCCCUGCUGGGCAUGCAGCUCUUCGGGGGGAAGUUCAACUUCGAUGAGACCCGGCGCAGCACUUUCGACAACUUUCCCCAGUCUCUGCUUACCGUGUUUCAGAUUCUGACAGGAGAAGACUGGAACUCGGUCAUGUAUGAUGGUAUCAUGGCGUACGGUGGUCCGUCUUUUCCUGGCAUGCUGGUCUGCAUCUAUUUUAUCAUCCUCUUCAUCUGUGGAAACUAUAUCCUGCUGAAUGUCUUCUUGGCCAUCGCUGUAGACAAUCUGGCAGAUGCAGAAAGCUUGACGUCGGCCCAGAAAGAAGAGGAGGAGGCAAAGGAGAGGAAAAAACUUGCCAGACUCACCAGUCCAGAAAAGCGUACGGAGAAUGAGAAGCCACCUAUAGAGGAGAAGAAAAGUGAGAAGAUCGAGUUGAAAUCGAUCACCUCUGAUGGAGAGGCCAACACUGCUACAAAGAUAAACAUAGAUGACUGCUGUGGAGAUGAGAGUGAAGAGAAGAACCCAUAUCCUGCAAACGAUUACAUAGGAGACGAUGAGGAUGAUGAGCCUGAGAUGCCUGUGGGGCCGAGGCCGCGGCCGCUCUCUGACAUUCAGCUUAAGGAGAAGGCUGUUCCCAUGCCGGAGGCUCGUGCAUUCUUUGUCUUCAGCCACACCAACAAAUUCAGGGUUCUGUGCCACAAGAUCGUCAACCACAACAUCUUCACCAACCUCAUCCUCUUCUUCAUCCUGCUCAGCAGCAUCAGUCUGGCAGCGGAGGAUCCGGUCAAGAACGACUCCUUCAGAAACCAGAUCCUGGGCUAUGCAGACCACGUCUUCACUGGACUCUUCACCAUAGAGAUCAUUUUAAAGAUGACAGCCUAUGGAGCCUUCUUGCAUAAAGGUUCAUUCUGUAGAAAUUAUUUCAACAUCCUGGACUUGGUGGUGGUCAGUGUGUCCCUCAUCUCUUCUGGAAUACACCUAGACUUCUCGAAGUCUAGUGCCAUCAACGUUGUAAAGAUUCUGAGAGUCCUGCGAGUGCUCCGACCACUGAGAGCAAUCAACCGAGCUAAAGGCCUAAAGCACGUGGUGCAGUGUGUGUUUGUGGCCAUCAGGACAAUCGGCAACAUCGUCAUCGUCACCACUUUGCUCCAGUUCAUGUUCGCCUGCAUCGGCGUGCAACUCUUCAAGGGCAAGUUCUUCUACUGUACCGACAGCUCUAAGCAAACUCAGGCUGAGUGCAGGGGUUCUUACAUCACGUAUAAGGAUGGAAAUGUGGGGAAGCCUGAAAAAGCGCUGAGAAACUGGGAGAACAGUGAUUUCAACUUUGACGAUGUCCUGCAGGGAAUGAUGGCUCUUUUUGCUGUGUCUACCUUUGAGGGCUGGCCAGGCUUACUGUACCGAGCCAUCGACUCUCACACCGAGGAUGUCGGCCCCAUCUAUAACUACCGUGUGGUCAUCUCCAUCUUCUUCAUCAUCUACAUCAUCAUCAUCGCCUUCUUUAUGAUGAACAUCUUCGUCGGUUUCGUCAUCGUCACGUUCCAGGAGCAAGGAGAGCAGGAAUACAAGAACUGUGAGCUAGACAAGAACCAGCGUCAGUGUGUGGAGUAUGCCCUGAAGGCUCGCCCUCUGCGUCGCUACAUCCCCAAGAACCCCUAUCAGUACAAGGUGUGGUACGUGGUCAACUCCACCUACUUUGAGUACCUGAUGUUUACCCUCAUUCUUCUCAACACCAUCUGUCUGGCCAUGCAGCAUCAUGGGCAGACGAAAAACUUCAAUGAUGCCAUGAACAUCCUCAACAUGCUCUUCACCGGCCUGUUCACAGUAGAGAUGAUCCUCAAGCUGAUUGCCUUCAAACCCAGGCACUAUUUUGUUGAUGCAUGGAACACAUUUGAUGCCUUGAUAGUUGUGGGUAGCAUUGUUGACAUAGCGAUCACUGAGGUUAACCCAGCUGACUCCUCCUCGUCCUCGUCCUCCUCCUCUUCGUCCUCCUCUUCCUCCUCUUCCUCCUCUCACCCCCCUGUGGUAAGGCAAAUGGUACGCCCCGACGGUAACCUCGUUCGCCUUCCUAAUUCCACCACCAUCAUUCCAUCCCUCCAUCCUUCCAUUCCUCCUUCUGCUGUGCCAUCCAUGGGACUUCAGAAUUCCGAAGAGAAUGCCAGGAUAUCCAUUACCUUCUUCCGGUUGUUCCGCGUGAUGAGGCUGGUGAAGUUGCUGUCUCGUGGGGAAGGAAUUCGAACCUUGCUCUGGACUUUCAUCAAAUCCUUCCAGGCUCUGCCCUACGUAGCUCUGCUCAUUGUGAUGCUCUUCUUCAUAUACGCAGUCAUCGGCAUGCAAAUGUUUGGGAAGAUAGCGCUGCGGGACCACACACAGAUCAACAGGAACAACAAUUUCCAGACAUUCCCUCAGGCCGUGCUGCUCCUCUUCAGAUGUGCAACAGGCGAGGCGUGGCAGGAGAUCAUGCUGGCGUGUUCACCCAAUCGGCCGUGUGAAAAAGGCUCGACCCAUGAAAACCACUCAUCCAACGAGGACUGCGGCAGCCAGUUUGCCAUCAUUUACUUUGUCAGCUUCUACAUGCUUUGUGCCUUUCUAAUCAUCAACUUGUUUGUGGCUGUAAUCAUGGACAAUUUUGACUAUCUGACACGUGAUUGGUCAAUUUUGGGACCACAUCAUCUUGACGAGUUCAAGAGAAUCUGGGCUGAAUACGACCCCGAAGCAAAGGGAAGGAUCAAACAUUUGGACGUGGUCACUCUGCUUCGGAGAAUUCAGCCCCCCCUCGGUUUUGGAAAGCUCUGUCCUCACAGGGUGGCAUGCAAGCGGCUGGUGUCGAUGAACAUGCCUCUGAACAGUGAUGGAACUGUGAUGUUUAACGCCACACUGUUUGCUUUGGUCAGAACAGCACUCAGGAUCAAGACAGAGGGUAAUCUGGAGCAGGCAAAUGAAGAACUGAGAGCAAUCGUGAAAAAGAUCUGGAAAAGAACCAGCAUGAAGCUUUUGGAUCAAGUAGUGCCCCCUGCUGGUGAUGAUGAGGUAACAGUCGGGAAGUUCUACGCUACCUUCCUCAUCCAGGAAUAUUUCCGCAAGUUUAAGAAGAGGAAAGAACAAGGGCUGGUGGCCAAGGUGCCUCCCAAAACUGCCCUCUCUCUGCAGGCGGGCCUGCGGACGUUGCAUGACAUCGGUCCAGAGAUUAGGAGGGCCAUCUCUGGAGACCUGAAUGUGGAGGAGGAGCUGGACAAAGGCCUGAAGGAGCCUGUGUCAGCAGCAUCCGAGGACGAUAUCUUCAGGGUAAAGCGCACUGGUGGCCUUUUUGGCAACCACGUCAACUACUACAACCAGAGUGAUGGCCGAGGAUCCUUCCCACAGUCCUUCACUACCCAGCGUCCCUUGCACAUCAGCCAAAAGGGCUCCCCGUGUGAAGGCGAGAGCCCAUCUCAUGAGAAGCUAAUGGACUCGACCACCUUCACCCGUUCCUCUUACUCCUCAUCAAGCUCAAACGCCAACAUUAACAAUGCCAACAACACCAGCAUGUCAGGGGUGGAGACGCAGGGGGUCAGUCGAUUCCCGAGCCCAUCUAUCAGCACUGUGGACGGGCACACAGGGCAACCGCUCACCCCCAUCCUGCUGCCAAGAUCUGCAUGGUGCUUCCCUCCAAAGAGGAUGUUUUAUGACACCCUCAUACGCUCGGACUCGAGUGACAGUUGUCUGCCAAUCAUCCGGAGAGGGGAGGGGUCAACAGAAGAGACGUACGAUGAGAGUUAUGGUGACGACAGGGAGUACCAGGAAGAUGACCGCUCACUUUCGUCUGAUAUGUUGGUGUGUCAUGAUGAAACAUGUAAACAGCUGACUCCCAUGGAGGAAGCAGAAGAAGUAGAGGAACGAAAAGAGGGAGGAGGUGGAGGAGGAGGAUGGCAGUCUCCACGAAGAGUCUUCCUCUGCCCAACCACUCUGGGACGGAGAGCAUCUUUCCAACUGGAGUGUCUCCGGAGACAGUCAAAGCCGGACAUCUCCCAGAAGACAGCUGUACCCUUACAUCUAGUACAUCAACAGGCUCUGGCGGUGGCAGGGUUAAGUCCUCUGCUGAGAAGGAGUCACUCACCCACACUCUUUAGCCGGCUGUGCUCCACGCCUCCAGCCAGCCCCACAGGCCAGUGUAGUGAUGCCUCCUACCAGCGAGUUCCCUCUCUGAGACUAGAGGGCGCUAACUCUCAUGAAAAGCUCAAUACCAGCUUGCCUUCUGUCAGCUGUGGGCCAUGGUAUAGCGACAGUAAUGGGAACAGCCCAAGCCCUGCCCCAAGCAUGUCCGCAUCCAGUCAGAGAGCGCCGCGGCCGGUGUCACUAACGGUGCCAUCACUUUUGGGGAAAGACUCCAGCUCGCUAUUUCACGGCAGCGCAGGAAGUCUUGUAGAAGCGGUUCUAAUAUCAGAAGGUUUGGGCCAGUUUGCCCAGGACCCAUCUUUCAUUGAGGCGACCAAAGCCGAGUUGGCCGAUGCAUGUGACAUGACCAUUGAAGAGAUGGAGCAUGCAGCCAACAACAUUCUGAAUGGCAGCACAGCCACAAACACCACAUCCAGCACCUCUUCCACCUCUCAGCACAGCCCUAAUGGCAGCCUCCCCUUCCACAGAGUCGCAGCAGCAGCACCACACAGGGACCGACUUGUCGGCUUAAGCCCCUGUGAAGCAGAGGCCGCGGGAAGCAGAGGCUACGUCCAUGAGCCGUCCUCUAUAGAGGAGCGGCAGGAGCUGCUAGCCAGGGGGAGAGGGCGAGAAGAUGACGAGGAAGAGGCAGAAGAGCGGGAAGAAAGGCAUCAUAGAAGCUCAGUGGUGAUUGCAGGAGUGCAACGGAAGAACAGUGGGCUUUUAGAGGAUGAGGAUAUGGAGUGUGUGACGAGCUUGUAGGUGCCACCUCAACAGGUCUGAUCAGCGAACAGACCCCUCUGACACCAUCAGAGGCUGACGGUCUGUCAGUGCUGGUUCACAGUGCCGCGGCUGGCUCUGUUUGUCCCCACACGUCACACACAUUUAGCUACACACUCUGUCGCUCUGGACAGUGGCGGCCAGUGAUGCAACCUUCAACACAUGGUUAUGACUCUGUUGGUUUAAGUGAGUCAGUAUGUGUGUAAACGUUUGCAGUAAAGUAUAUCAGACUAUAUUCGAUCCGAACGAAUGUGUGUGUGUGUGUGUGAGUGUGUGUAUACGAUUUUCUCUAUUUCUACUUGUAUGUGAGUGUGUUCACCACACGUGUCUGAGUGUGGCUCUAAAGUGCCUCACAGUUUUAUCAUGUCCUCAAAGUGUGACGAGCAGGAAAGUAGAGACAAGCAAAAAAGACUAAGUCUGACUGAAAGGGAGAUAGACGAACGCAGAGACAGGAAGUCCUUGUAUGGGUUUCCUGUGAAUGAUAUUGUUUUCAUUUCCUAUGCCUACUUUGGUGGUGUGUUAUUGUUGUUUGUCUGGCCGCCAUGACGCCAGGUAGGGGACAGCAGACCAGCUUGUGGGGGAGUCAGUUGAGGAUUCUGACCAAGGCCACAUGAGGUCAAAGGUCAACUCCUUCUUAGUUCAUUGAUGACGAAGCGCUGUAUUGUGUAAAACAGGCAAGGAAAGCCCUGUUUGAAAUCUCAUUUCUCCUCUUCCAAAGCUACGGAACCGUGGAGCACAGCCCUGCCAGCAUGGGAGUGGAUCUGAGGUGACACACCACCCCCAGCCAAGUCGAGGGGGGGCGGAUUGAGGGAUGAUUCAACAGCCAAAAAAGGGCUGGUUCAGGGGACACAGGCAGAGAUAGGCACUUCCUGGCCAAAAGGGUGCUAGCAAGCUCUUUUUUUCCAGCUGGUCAUUAACCCUCCAGCAAGACUCACCUCGUCUGUCAUCUCGGUCUGGCUUCACCCCCUCCACCCUUUUCUUCGUUUGGUCGGACCCACUUGCUGCCCCAAACAGGAAACGAGAGGAGUGUUUGAUGGCUCAGUAGAGACGAGCCCCCUUCUCUGCCUCAUACCUCACUGUUCCUCACUCCUUUCUCUAUCCUUCCUCCCUCCUCUUUGGCUAUAUUACUUUCACUCACCCCUCACUGCUGGAUGUUUGUCCUUUUUUUUUGUUUUUUUUUUUUUUAUUUUUUUAUUUUACGUUUUCAGCACUCGAGGAGGUGUGUGUUGUGCAGGGCGGCCUGGAGGGUAGGGUGGAGGACAAAAUGGGAGUGAUUGAUUGAAAAGACUCCAGCCAUGGGUCCUCACCAGAUCUAGCGUCAAUCAACCUCACUUCCUUCUCCAAGACCCUCCUCUUCCUCUCAGUGUGGAAUCCUAUUGGAUUUGCUGCCACAUAAUAUUUCUAUAGACCACACCCACUAUGUAUUUAACAGUUUAAUAUUGUGCAAAGCUGGCUAGCCAUGACUAUUUUGUUUUCUAUUCAUGACGUCGGUUUAAUUUAUCCUUGAUUUGUUUGCACAAUGGGGUGCUGGUCUUAUAAAUGUGUUUUUGCUCGAUUUAUUUUAGUACAAUUUUAAGAGGUUUUAAGUAUUGAAGCAGGGCGUAGUGUGUGUGUGACUGUAAAACUUAUGAUUGUGUGGGCAUAUGUGUGUCUGCGUUUUAGUACAAGACGUUCGAGUGUGUGAGAUGGUGUGUGUGCGAUUUAAAAAGAGGAGGGGGUCGUUCUCUUUAUCCGUAUGCACCUUUUAAAGAUUGUAUCUAUUUAUUUAUUUAUUUUUUCCAAAAGAGACUAAAUGUGUGAGGACGCUCGAGUGGUUUCCUGUGUUUUCUAAAAAGCUUAUUUUAAGCCUAAACAGUAAAUUAAGGUAGCAUUACAAGUAUGUUUGUGUGUGUGUGUGUGUGUGUGUGUGUGUGUGUGUGUGUGUGUGUGUGUGUGUGUGUGUGUGUGUGUGUGUGUGUGUGUGUGUGUGUGUGUGUGUGUGUGUGUGUGUGUGUGUGUGUGUGUGUGUGUGUGUGUGUGUGUGUGUGAGCAAGGAUGAGUUUGUGUUAUAAUGGGCCUCUUAACACAGGGUUACCAUGGACAGGCAUGCUUCCAAAGCUUUGUGAUUUCUUUAGCACGAUUUGUACAUUUUUUUAGCCAAGCUGCAGGGUGAGAAGUCACUCUUUCUUUGCAUACUAGCCAUCACAAAACCUUUCUUUACUACCCCAUUCAGACGUGGUCAGGAGUAAAGUCUGCAGCGAGGUCAGAGUGAGUUUCAGCUUUGCUGCUAGCUGGAAGGUAAGAAGCCUUUUAGCAGUCGCUCCCUCUCUGAUUCCUGCUCUGGAUGACAGAAGCACCACUGCCACAGUAACGCCCUGUGAGACAACCUGGCUGUAUCACAUCCAUGCAACUUAAUGUCAACUUCUAGCAAAAACGUUAACUCCAAAUAAAUUCUUAGGGCUGGUGUACAGUUGCUGCAAGAUUUCCAGAUCAAACAUCUUUGUCUUUGACUCACAUCGCUAAACAGUUGCAUCAUUUGAGACAAAUUAAUUUUUAGUUUGACAGAUUAAACUGUAAAAUUGAGAAUCACUUUUUUGAGGAUGAGGUCCACAAGACAGCACAGGUUUUGCUGUAAAGCAUUCCAGCUGUUGCUGUCGCAGAAACCUUUACCCGUACUUGUUUUAUUGUUAUUAUUAUUAACAGUUUACCUGACAUAAACAUUCGCAGAACUCUGAUAAAAAUAUAAGACAAACAAAAUCUUAAUUUAGAAAACAAAAAUUCAAAGAUCGUAUUUAAAUCAUUCCCAUCUAAUUUGUGUAAACCAGCAGAAGUACUAAAAACGUGUUUUUUUAAGGGUCCAAGUAAGUUCAGAGGUGUCUUCUAUGAUUAUAGCUGUAAAAGUUUAGAAAGCCCACACAGUCAGUCAGACAGGAAAGUUUUCUCUUUGAUUUACUGUUGAGAUCGAAUUCCUCCAUGAAAAGCAGAGCAGGUUUGUGGCAGACAAAAUAUGCAUAAACACACUGCCAUACACACUGCAUCCUGUGCCAGUAACAGACUUCUGUCAUUAUUAUGCAAUCUAAAUGUGAAUGUUGAAUGUUUUAGUGGUGGCGCCAUCGUUGCUUAGUGGUUCUGAUUAUACUGCAGCUCUGAGGAUUUUUUUCAGACUCAUCCAUGGCUUCGUUAAAGCAUCUUUAACGUUUAUGUUUUGCCUUUUUUUUAUUCUGAUUUGAAAGAAACCUGUGAGAUGACAAGAAUUUCUUUGUCCAGUGGUUUGUUCUCGGGGUGAGAAUUGGCUCUAGUAAAAAGCAACACACUAACAUAUUGUUUUGUUUCCAGGUUUUAUUCAGUUAUCUGGGUCGACAUUUAUUAGUGAACGACAGCCAAGAGCUCAAAUCUGACCAAUUCAUGCUAAUGUAGUUAGAUCUGGUUACUAUUAUGCUAAAAGUCCUCAUAAGAUGUUUAUUUUAGACAUGUGAACUGCAGUUUCUGUAUCCAACCAACUGUAUUUUAUCUGCCAGAAUAACAACCAUAAAGGUUACUUUAUAAACACGUUAUAAACCAUGAAUGACAGUAUUUACACACUCAUAAUCAUGUCCAAAACAUCUUUGAGUUUUAUAUAUAUAUA